AGAUAACUAAGGCUUAAAAUAAACUGUAUCAUAAGAUAGAUUCAAGAGUGAGCCUUGUAAAAAUUGUUUUGUUGAACGCAAGAUACGAAAUAAACACUGUUAGAAGCCAGACAAAAUGGCCGAUGCUGAGGAUAGAUUAGAAAGUGGCCUGGCAUGUAAGCGCUGUUGCGGUUUCCAUUGGAGGGGCAAGGCGACCGUCCUCAUACCGCUGGCCACAUUGCCACUCAUGAUUUAUGGCUUGAUGGUGGGUCAACGGGCAUGGAUUUGCAUGUUCCUGGUGGCCAAUAUGGCACUCUUCUGGAUAACGGAAGCCAUUCCCCUGUACCUGACAGCUCUGUUUCCGAUUGUUUUUCUGCCCCUGUUUGGGAUUUUGCCCUCGGACAAGGUGUGUAGCUUUUACUUCAGUGACACUGUGGUUAUGUUUCUUGGGGGCUUGCUGGUCGCCCUGGCCAUCGAGUACAGCAAUCUGCAUCAGCGAAUCGCACUCACCACUAUCCUAAUAGUGGGCUGCAGCCCUAGGCGCUUGCACUUUGGUUUGGUCAUGGUGACUUGCUUUAUUUCCCUUUGGAUCUCCAACUCGGCGGCCACUGCCAUGAUGUGUCCCAUAGUCAAAGCCGUUCUUAAUGAGAUGGACGCGCAAAAUAUAUUUGCCAUUUAUAAGACUCAGGAAGAGGAGCCGGUGGAGGAGGGCGACCCUCCGCACCCAUCUACCAUCUCCAUGGCCUUCUACUUUGGAAUCGCGUAUGCCUCGUCAAUUGGGGGAUGUGGAACUCUAAUCGGAACGGGCACAAACUUGACCUAUAAGGGCCUGUACGACACGCGUUUUCCCAACUCCGAGGAGAAGAUUGACUUUCCCAUCUUCAUGGCCUACGCCAUGCCAUUUGUGGUGAUUGUGCUCAUCCUUCUCACGUUCUUUUCGCUGCAAAUCACCCACAUGGGCCUCUUCCGACCCAAAAGCAAGACCGGUCAGGAGGUGAAGAAGGGCGCCGAGGGCAAGGACGUGGUGAAGGCCGUGAUCAAGGAGCGCAAGAGGGAGUUGGGAUCCAUGAGCUGCCAUGAGAUUCAAGUGGGUCUGCUCUUUCUCUUAAUGAUUUUCCUUCUGUUCACCCGCAGACCAGGCUUCUUUCCCGGCUGGGCAGAUGUUUUGAACGCCAAAGCCAUAGGCAGUGGCCCGCCGGUAUUUUUCUCGGUUCUUUUCCUCUUCGCUCUGCCCACACAGUACACCUUCUUCAAGUACUGCUGCGGAAAGGCUCCGUUUCCAGGACAAACGAUGGAUGCCUGCCUCUCAUGGGUCUACUGCCACAAGUAUACUCCGUUCGGAUUGUGCUUUCUGCUGGGUGGUGGAUUUGCUUUGGCCGAGGGCAGCCGGGUUUGUGGAAUGGCCAAAAUGCUGGGCGAGUCCUUGGCUUUCGCCGGGCAAAUGCACCAUGCCCUGGUUGUAGCUAUGUGCAUUUUGAUUUCACUAUUUUGCACCGCCUUCGCCUCGAACGUGGCCAUCUGCAACAUUCUGAUCCCGAUAUUUUCGGAAAUGGCCCUGGCGAUCAAAGUGCAUCCCAUCACACUGACUUUUCCCUCCGCCCUGGCCUGCAGCCUGGCCUUCCAUUUGCCUGUGAGCACUCCACCCAAUGCAAUUAUAUCCGGCUAUACGGGUCUUAAGACCAAAUACAUGGCUAUCGCCGGUAUUUUGCCAACCUUCUGGGCCUUCUUUUGUCUGCUAUUCACUGGAACCGUAUGGACAAUGGUCAUCUAUCCGGGGAGCACUGAGUUCCCCAAGUGGGCCAGUUAAAUCGCGUGAAAAUAAUCAACCCAUUCUAUUUUUUAAAGCAAUAUGAGAAAUGUGAACAUUCAGAAAGCCGUCAAAAAAAGACUUAUAAUAUACAACAUUUUAAAUAUCUCUUUAUCAAGAUGAAAUAUAUUGAAUUUCCGCCAUUCCCAGUAAUUUUCCUGUCAAAUCAAAAUACUCGUGCCUUUUAAAAAGAAUGUUGGUUUCGCUUUGGCAGCAAAAUUAUUGGAGUGAGUGCCGAGCCUUGCAAAAUUUCUAGGUGACAGCAUGCUUAUUUGGAAUUUUGAUGGCCAAUAAAUACUUAAUGCACAAUUUGCGGCAAUAAAAACUACACUAAACUUGUUUGAAAGUAGCAAAGCCUUCUCGAUGGACAAAUUUGGAACCUGGAAGGGGCGGGAAUCUAGCCUGCGGGUGGGUGUUCAAUCCCACUUAGCAGAAAACAAAAACUUUAUGCAAACACAGCAAAAUGUGCUUCGGCUGGUCCUUCACCUGAGCUCAUUCACAUUCGCAGCGCAGUGUGCUUAAAGAUAAAAUCAAGCCAAACAUCAUUACGCAGAGCAACUGGAUUAUAUUGCUUUCAUGCGUGAAUGAUAUGGGGGCACCCGAGGAACCAUUUGCAGCACACAAAUCCCCAGCCGACACACGCAUAAACAAAUAAUGUUCGAGCACGGGAGAAUUCCGAUGCGAGUUGGUACUCAUGUGUAUAAGACAGGCACCGAAAUAAAUGUAAUAAAACCCCGACAAGCGGAAUAUACAUACGUAAUCAAGACACGAAUAAAAACACGCUUUUCAACACUGAUUACGGUGGGGCAUGCGGCAGGACUUCAUCAGCAGGACGUCAGGACGACGCCAACGGGGGGCCACAACAUAAGCCCGCCAAAUGGGCGACAGUGCGGACAAACAGCCACCCACCCAUCCGUCCCAACACCCCACCAUCCUACCAACCCCCCAGCCCAAAUGCCUGCUGGGACGGAUGUACAGUGGUUAGGGGCUGAAAUAACAAUGAGGCUUGUCAUUUAUUCAUAACCCAAUAAUAAUGACAGAUUUCAAUAAACAUAA